GUCAAGAAUCCAAACUUAGUAGCACUUCUAAGACGUAAAGUAAGGCUUGCUCAACCCUAUGCUGGAGUAUUUCUUAAGAAAGAUGACAAUAAUGAGUCUGAUUCUAUUGGAAGCCUGGAUGAAAUCUACCACACAGGAACCUUUGUUCAGAUCCAUGAAAUGCAGGACAUGGAUGACAAGCUACGUAUGAUUGUCAUGGGGCACAGAAGGAUCCGUAUUAAUAAGCAACUAGAUAUCGAAGCUGAAGAACCUAAAACUGAGGAGAAAAAAAGGAAGAGGAACUCAGCAGGGCCACAUGUCAACAGGAAGGGAAAAAGUGAGCAACUUGUGCUUGACCCAAAAGUGACACCUGAAGUCCUCAUGGCGGAAGUGGAUAAUAUAGCUCAUGAAGAAUUCCAAGUCAAUGAGGAGGUCAAAGCUCUCACUGCUGAAAUUGUGAAGACCAUCCGGGACAUCAUAGCUCUAAAUCCACUGUACCGGGAGUCUGUAAUGCAAAUGAUGCAGGCUGGACAAAGAGUGGUAGACAAUCCAAUUUAUUUAAGUGACAUGGGUGCGGCGCUGACUGGAGCUGAUUCCCAGGAGCUCCAGGAUGUCUUAGAAGAAACUAAUAUUCCAAAGCGUCUUUACAAAUCUUUGUCACUAUUGAAGAAAGAAUAUGAACUCAGCAAGUUGCAACAGCGUUUGGGUCGAGAGGUAGAAGAAAAGAUCAAACAAACACAUAGAAAGUACUUGCUGCAAGAGCAGCUAAAGAUCAUAAAAAAAGAGCUUGGCCUGGAGAAAGAAGAUAAGGAUGCAAUUGAAGAAAAGUUUCGGGAGCGUUUGAAUGGCCUUACAGUCCCUAAGCAUGUUAUGGAAGUCAUUGAUGAAGAGCUUGGCAAACUGGGGUUACUUGACAACCAUUCCUCUGAAUUCAAUGUAACAAGAAAUUACUUGGAUUGGUUAACGUCAAUCCCCUGGGGAAAGUACAGCCCAGAGAAUUUGGAUUUGCGGAGGGCUGAAGAGGUUUUGGAAGAAGAUCACUAUGGGAUGGACGAUGUCAAGAAGAGAAUCCUUGAAUUUAUUGCUGUAAGUCAGCUUCGGGGAGGUACACAGGGGAAGAUCCUCUGCUUUUUUGGUCCACCAGGAGUAGGAAAAACAAGUAUUGCCCGCUCCAUAGCUCGUGCACUGAACAGGGAGUAUUUUAGGUUCAGUGUUGGUGGCCUGACAGACGUGGCUGAAAUUAAGGGCCACAGGAGAACAUAUGUUGGGGCCAUGCCAGGAAAAAUUAUCCAGUGUCUAAAAAAGACCAAAACUGAGAAUCCUCUAGUUCUCAUUGAUGAGGUCGAUAAACUUGGACGUGGAUAUCAAGGUGAUCCAUCUUCUGCUCUUUUGGAACUCCUAGACCCUGAACAGAAUUCAAACUUCCUUGAUCAUUAUUUGGAUGUACCUGUAGAUUUAUCUAAGGUUCUCUUCAUCUGUACAGCCAAUGUCACAGAAACCAUUCCAGAACCUCUCCGGGAUCGCAUGGAGAUGAUCAAUGUCUCUGGUUAUGUGGCCCAGGAGAAGUUGGCUAUAGCUGAGAGAUACCUUGUACCACAGGCUCUGACUAUGUGUGGUUUGGCUAAACAGAAGGCUUAUAUCACCCCUGAGGCACUCACCGUUCUAAUUAAACAGUAUUGUCGCGAGAGUGGUGUGCGAAACUUACAGAAGCAAGUGGAAAAGGUUCUGCGUAAGUCUGCAUACAAGAUUGUUAAUGGAGAAGCAGAGUAUGUGGAAGUCAAUCCAUCUAACCUUCAAGACUUUGUGGGGAAACCAAUCUUUACUGUGGACAGAAUGUAUGAUGUCACUCCAGCUGGGGUGGUAAUGGGCCUAGCUUGGACUGCCAUGGGUGGUUCCACCCUUUUUAUUGAGACAUCCAUUCGCCGUCCUCUUGACACUGGAGAUAAAGAUGGUUCCUUAGAAGUAACAGGCCAGCUCGGAGAUGUUAUGAAAGAGAGCGCUAAAAUUGCUUACACAUUUGCACGUGCUUUCCAAAUGAAGAAACACCCUGAAAACAGAUUCCUAGUGACAUCACACAUUCAUUUGCAUGUGCCAGAGGGUGCCACACCAAAGGAUGGUCCUAGUGCAGGCUGUACAAUUGUCACUGCACUGCUUUCCCUUUCUCUGGGACGUCCAGUUCGACAAAAUGUGGCAAUGACUGGAGAGGUGUCACUGACAGGAAAAAUCCUGCCCGUAGGAGGCAUCAAAGAAAAAACUAUAGCUGCUAAACGAGCAGGUGUUACAUGUAUCAUCCUUCCUUCAGAAAACAAGAAAGAUUAUUAUGACCUGGCAAAGUUCAUCACUGAGGGACUAGAAGUGCAUUUUGUCGAACACUAUGAUGAAAUUUAUAAUAUUGUGUUUUCUGAACAAUAAGUCCUGCCAGCUCCAGUAGUUUUACAUUUCAAUGUCAGACACUGGAAGAGAUUUACUUAGGCUGGUGUCAGACAAGAUUUUUGUGGAAAAAACUUUUUUAUGGCAGUUUUUCUUUUUUUAUCAAAGCCAAAUUGGUUUCAGAAGUGUGAAAUAUAGGAGAGUGACUUCUACUUCUCAGAUACCUGCUUGUUCCACUUCUUAGUUUGGCUCCGAAAACUGCAUCAAAAUCUGCAGUUGCUUUUUUCCACGAAAACUGUGUAUGAAACUAUUCUUAUAUUGCUGCUAUGCAGCCCUCAUCAUUUAUGGCUAAAUUUGCUAUUUAAUUUAGUAAAUAAUGACAUUUAUUUAGUGAUGUACUAAUUAAAAUGCUUUUAUUGUG